GGGAGCAAGGGCCAAGUUCAAGCACUCAUGCACUUAUCUACAAGUGCGAAGGAGUGGAGGAGAAACAUCUCAGAGCAUCUUCUGUUUCACAUCUCCGUUCAAAGCCUCCAAGCUACAUGGAGCCGAGCAAGCCAGAAAUAGCCUAUGAGUUUCCUGGAAUGCUACGAAUCUAUAAAGACGGCCGUGUAGAGAGACUUAUGGGCACGGACUUUGUUCCGGCAUCGACGGAUCUCAAAACAGGCGUCAUGUCCAAAGACAUAAAAAUCCUGUCGGAAUUCGACCUCUCUGCACGCCUUUUCCUCCCAAAGCUUACCAAACCAAACCAAAAGCUCCCUCUUGUUAUCUACUUCCAUGGCGGUGGUUUUUGCGUUGGGUCGCCGUUCACUUCCAGAUACAACAGUUACCUCAACGCUAUCGUGGCCGAAGCUAAUAUUGUUGCAGUCUCUGUGAGCUACAGGUUAGCUCCUGAGAACCCUCUUCCUGCUGCUUAUGAGGACGCUAGGGCUGCGCUACAAUGGAUUGGCUCACAUUGUGGUAAUGUUUCUGGGCCUGAGGCAUGGUUGAAUGAGCAUGUGGAUUUUGAGAGGGUGUUCUUGGCCGGUUUGAGUGCAGGGGCCAAUAUUGUUCAUAAUCUGGCCAUAGCUGCUGGAGAGGUAAACUUUGGGUUGAAAGUAGGCAUUCUUGGAGUUGUCUUGGAACACCCAUACUUCUGGGGAUCAAAUCCUAUUGGAUCAGAGGCUCAUCUAGAUCUAAAUAUGAAGGCACUUGUAGAUCGGCUCUGGCCGUUGGUCUGCCCGUACUCACCAGACAACGAUGAUCCACAGGUUAACCCGGUGGCCAAGGGGGCCCCUAGCUUAGUGGGGCUAGGGUGCAAGAGGGUUUUGGUGUGUGUGGCUGAGAAGGAUAUGUUGAGGGAUAGAGGGUGGCUUUAUUAUGAGGCACUGGGUAGGAGCGGGUGGAAAGGUUCGUUGGAGAUCAAAGAGACAGAAGGAGAAGACCAUGCGUUUUAUUUGAAUGAUUUGGAGAGUGAGAAAGCCAAGGAUUUGAUCAAACACUUGGCUGCUUUCUACAAUAAUAAGGACAUGCCUACAUUAAUUUGAUUGUUCAUGAUUAUAGUUCUUGCUGUUGCUACUGUAUAUAUUAUGCUUUUCUUCA